AGGUUGGCGCGGGUGGCUUCUGAGCUGCCCUCCGGUGCUUGUUUUGUUUCCGAACCUUCCGCUUUCCUCCGAGUGGCCUCGCGUCCGGCUCUCGGCCCCUGCUUCCCGCUUCAUUUUGGUUCCUGUCUCCAGUCCAGCUUAUGAAGCUUCCCUGUUCUCGCUAGCCAGUCCCUAGCUCCUGCAUCUUCGCUUCGAGUCUCCCGGAGGCAUCAUGGCAGUCAAGUGGACUGGCGGACAUUCUUCUCCUAUCCUCUGUCUGAACGCAAGUAAAGAUGGGCUAGUGGCUUCAGGAGCAGAAGGUGGCGAUCUCGUGGCCUGGAGUGAAGAUGGAUCUCCAUUAGGACACAUGCAGUUUCAAGGGGCUGAUGACAUUACCAGUGUCUUAUUUUCUCCCUCCUGCCCCACCAAGCUCUAUGCCGCCCAUGGCGAAACCAUCAGCAUUCUAGAUGUCAGGUCCCUGAAAGGUUCCUUGGACCAUUUUCAUGUGAAUGAAGAAGAAAUCAAUUGUCUUUCAUUGAAUGAAACUGAAAACCUGCUGGCUUCUGCUGACGACUCAGGAGCCAUCAAAAUCGUGGACUUGGAAAAGAAGAAGGUUAGCAGAUGUCUGAAGAGACAUUCCAAUAUCUGUUCGUCUGUAGCUUUUCGACCGCAGAGACCUCAGAGUCUGGUGUCAUGUGGCCUGGAUAUGCAGGUGAUACUAUGGAAUCUUCAGAAAGCCCGUCCACUCUGGAUUACAAAUUUACAGGAGGAUGAAACAGAAGAAAUGGAGGGCCUCCAAUCCCCUGGUCAGUUUUUAAACCCUGCUCUCGCCCAUUCUGUCUCUGUGGCAUCAUGUGGCAAUAUUUUUGGCUGUGGUGCAGAAGAUGGUAAGGUUCGAAUUUUCAGGAUUAUGGGAGUCAAGUGUGAGCAAGAACUGGGAUUCAAGGGCCACACGUUGGGGGUAUCUCAGGUCUGCUUUCUUCCAGAGUCCUAUUUGCUGCUUACUGGAGGGAAUGAUGGGAAGAUAAUGUUGUGGGACGUGAACAGUGAAAUGGAAAAAAAACAGAAGAGUCCCACAAAGUAUACCCACAGGAAGAAAACUAAAAGAGCGGCCUACCCCAAGCAGGGUGAACAUGCUAAUACUUCAGUAACAGAUGAGGAAGGAAAUGGAAAUUUUUUGCCAAAGCUAAACAUUGAACAUGGAGAAAAAGUGAACUGGCUCUUGGGUACAAAAAUUAAAGGACAGCAAGUUAUAUUAGUAGCUGAUCAAACUAGUUGUAUAUCAUUAUAUCCCUUAAGUGAAUUGUAAAUCCAAUAAAAACAUUUGAACUGUG